AUGGCUGAUGGGAAGGGGUUUUUCUAUUUCCAUAUUCCGGAUUGGGAGUUCCAGAGAAAAGUGUUGGAAGGAGGCCUUAUUACCAUUUCAAAGGUACCUCUUGUGCUGCAACAAUGGAGACCGGCCCUGGAUUUGCGGAAGGACUCCCACCUUACGGUUCCUGUGUGGGUAAGGCUUAAAAACUUACCUCCCGUGUUCUGGUCUUCUCAGGCUAUCAGUAAGAUUGCAAGUAAGGUUGGUAAACCGCUUUAUGUAGUAAAUCUUGAUCAAAUGAAAGCCCUGGCUUAUGCUAGAGUAUGUGUAGAGAUUACAGCAAAGCAGCCUUCAUGUGAGUCCAUUGAAUUGGUUCACCAAGGAAAUUCAUGUUUCGUGGAAGUAGAAUAUGAAUGGAGACCCACGGCUUGUGUAGGUUGUGGUGUAUUUGGCCACAAAUGCAGUGCUGGUGUUGCUCAGAUCUCUACUGCAAAUGCUCAACGAUCUUUGAUCGCUAGACCCCAUGCUCCUCAAGAUGGGACUUCAUCUCCUAACCCUUCAUCUCGGCCUGCAGUUCAAGCAAGCUCGCAUCCUCAGUUCGCUCAGUCUUCGGACAGAACACAUGAUAACCCCUUGUUUAUUAAGAAGCCUGAUGCUAGACCUAUUCCAGCAGAGGAGACCCUCACUGAAAUGCAUAAGGUUACAAAUCCUACUGCUGAUAAAUCUCCAAGCUCUCUCAAUUCUACUGCUAUGGCCUCUGGAUGCGAAGGAGCUCAAGAGUUGCCUUUGCCCACUGUCUCUGCUGCUAUCCCUCAUACUUCUGCUGACCCGGGUUGGAAGCAAGUAAAAAGAAAUAAGAAGAUGGUCCAGAAAGGAGCUGCAUCUUUUAGUUUAGCCCUGCCCACUGAAGGGGGGCAUUCUCUAAAGCUAAAACUAAAAGGCCCUGCAUCUAAGGAAGUUGGUUCUGCUUCAUUGUCUCACAAGACCCCUGGAAUCCCAUUAUCUUCCUCGAAAGCUGUUGAAAGCUCUUCUUUGGCAAAAGCGAAAGUCGUCUCUCCUCAUUUGAUUCUACCUGAUUGUUCAGACGAGAUUGGUAACUCCAUCAUUCAUGCCGUUUCGGACAAUGAGGACCUGCUGUCGGUUGGAUGCCUUUCUCCGAAAGCUCCUCACAAAAAUGUCCCAGUUGAGACACUACAAGAUAAGCUCCUGCUUAUAUGCCCGGAUCCUCCUCCUUCUAUGGCUCCUAAUCCGACUGUGGGUCGGAAAAGGGCCACCAAGAAGAGUCGCCACCGGCCUCUUUGGGAGGACUUGCUUCGUAUGAAUAAUCUUAUGCAGGAUAUGCCUUGGUUGGUAGCUGGAGAUUUUAAUGCCAUUAAAGAUCCUUCGGACCGGUUUGGUGGCUCCAGCUUAUGGAUUCCUUAUUUUGAUGAAUUUGGAAACUGCUUAGCUCAGACUGAAUUGGGUGAUCUUAGGUAUGUUGGCCUUCGGUUUACUUGGUCGACAUCUGCUGGUACUUCUAGAAAAAUGAGGAAAAUCGAUCGUGUUUUGGUUAAUUCUAAAUGGAAUAUGGAAUUCUCCUUCUUUGAGGCCUCGUUCCUGAAUCCGGGCAUCUCGGAUCACUCGCCCAUGGUUGUCAGAGUCCUCAACCCGCUUUUUAAAAGAAGGCCUUUCAAAUAUUUUAAUUUUUGGGCUAAACAUUCUGACUUCCCUUCCAUCGUUCAGCAAGCUUGGGAUACUCCGGUUGUUGGGGUUCCUAUGUUCAAACUAGUAUCCAAGCUGAAGGUGCUAAAAAGCCGGCUCAAACAACUGAAUAGGGAGGAGUUCUCCAAUAUUUCGGUGAGGACAGCGGAAGCUAGAGAAGCUCUUUGUCUUGCUCAGCUUGAUCUCCAUCUUGAUCCGACCAACUCUGACUUUCUUGAUCUUGAGAAGGUGCACCGUAAGCUCUUUGUGAACUUGCGUAGAGAUGAGGAAUCUUUUUACAAGCAGAAAUCAAGAAUCCGCUAG